UCUAAUUAUGUACAUUGUACAUACUAUAAAAUAAAAUUUAUGCGUUUCACUUUUAUAACAUACCAUUUACCUGAAAUCGUCUAUUCUGUUAUGAUAAGUCAAGUUGACAUAACUGACCAGCGCAAAGGAAGUAAUAUGAUGACGACUUCCGUCGCGUAUUAUGCUAUUUCCCACCACCGAUAUUUUUCUCUUAUUAGUUAUUUUUACUCGUACUGUACCGUAGCAUUGAACAUGCGCUUUGCAAUAGGGAAAAGGCUAUGAGUUAUAGCUUAUGACUCGAUUCGAAGAUUCGAUUAAUUGUUUUUUCGUGCAUACGCAGAACCCAUAAAAGAGGCGAUAGUAGGUACUAUAGAAGUAAGUAGUCUUAUGCCUGAACAAUCCUAUUGCAUAAUUCAGGUGUAUUGAAGUCUCUUUUGAGUAUAACUUCUAUGAUGUCUGCAAUUAUUAAAGUUGAAUUGAAACAAGAAGAAGAAAUAAAUACAUACCUCGAUGAAAAGGUUGUUCUUACUAAUGAUGUCUCCACUACUAUAAAACAGGAAUCGAAUGAGAUUACGAUCAGUGGGAAUUAUUCUAAAGAUACUCAUAAUGAAUUGCAACAUGAAGAGGGCUUUUCUGGAAACAUCUUGCACAGAUAUCAAGAAAAUGUUUCACAUAAGAAACCUCGGCAAAACCCAAAAAAUUGUAGGUGUGUGCAGUGUGACUUCACAAGCAAUUCUAAAUAUAAUUUAAAGUCGCAUAUGUUAACGCACAAGAUAUCUAAAGGUUUAAAAUGUGCCCAUUGUAAUUAUGCAACCAAUUGUAAAUCUGGUUUAAAAACACAUCUGUUAAUACACAACACGUCUAGAGAAUUCAAGUGUGCCCAGUGUCAUUAUACAACUCGUAAUAAUGCAUCUUUUAAACGUCAUCUGUUAUUACAUAAGACAUGCGAUCUGAAAUGUGCGCACUGUGAUUGGGUAACAAAGUAUAAAUCUAAUCUGCAAAAACAUCUGUUAACACACAACACGUUGAAUUUUUUUAAGUGUGCGCAGUGUGAUUAUGCAACCAAUUAUAAAUUUAGUUUAAAAAGACAUCUGUUAACACACAACACAUAUAAAGGUUUAAGUUGUGACCAGUGUGAUUAUGCCACCAACAAUGGUGGAUAUUUUCGAAAUCAUAUGUUAGCACACAAGACUUCCAAGGAUCUAAAAUGUGCUCAGUGUGAUUAUGCAACCAAUAUUGUUGGCAAUUUUAAACGUCAUCUGUUAACACACAAAUCCUGUAAGAAUCUAAAAUGUGCUCAGUGUAAUUAUACAACCAAAUAUAAAUUUAGUUUAAAAAGACAUCUGUUAACACAUAAGACAUAUAAGAAUUUGAAAUGUGCUCAGUGUAAUUAUGCAACCAAUUAUAAAUUUAGUUUAAAAUCACAUGUGUUAACACACAAGACAUCUAAAGAUUUAAAAUGUGCCUGGUGUGACUAUGUAACUAAUUACAAAUUUAAUUUAAAGAUGCAUCUGUUAACACAUAAAAUUUCUAAGGAUUUAAAGUGUACUCAGUGUGAUUAUACAACCAAUUAUAAAUAUAGCCUAAGCAAACAUCUCUUAAUACACAACACUUCUAAAGAUUUACAAUGUGCUCAGUGUGAUUAUGCAUCCAAUUAUAAAUCUAGUUUAAAACGACAUCUGCAAACACAUAUGACUUCUAAGAAUUUGAAAUGUGCUCAUUGUAAUUAUGCAUCCAAUUAUAAGUCUAGUUUAAAAACACAUCUCUUAAUACACAAGAAAUCUAAAGGUUUGAAAUGUCCCAUAUGUGAAUACGCAACUACUUUUAAAUCUAAUUUAAAGAAGCAUCUAUUAACACAUAAAACGUCUAAAGAUUUAAAGUGUACUCAGUGUGAUUAUGCAACCAAUAUUGGUAGCAAUUUUAAACGUCAUCUGCUAACACACAGGUCUUCUAAGAAUUAAUGUGUGCAUCGUGAUCAUGCAAGACGACUAAAAGAUUAAAGUGCGCGGAUAUGCAACCUAUAGUGCCUAUUUUGUAAAUAAUCUGUUAAUGCACACGACUGAAUUAAAAAUGUGCCAAGAGGGUUACUCAACCACUUAAAUGUUCCUUCAAAAACUUCAAAUGAUUGAAUCUACUGAGAGGGUACAGUGAUUUAAAUAAAUGUUACAGUGCUCAAAUACAAAAGUAAUUCAUUGUUUGAGUAUGAUUUUAACAAAGUUUUUCUAAAGGUACAUAAAUGACAUUUUUACUCCAUAAAUUUAAGGUAACAACUGAUAAUUUCAAACAAGUAUCAGGAACAUGGUAUGUUACCUCCACAAUUUUUGGGAAAUGUAUAUUCUAAAAUGUUUGCCGUACAAAAUUUCUGCAUCUUGGUAAGGAAGAUUUAAAGUGGUCACUCUAAAGUUAUUAUUCUUUUACAUUUAACCCUAUAUUUUUUGGGACACGAGUAGUCGUUGCGGACUCAUGUUUCGCAGGGGUUAUAUAUGACCCUACAGGGUUAAUUUGGAGAGCAGACUUCGGCAAUGCCGCGGUACUGAACUUCGCCCUUCAUUUGAAUGUUUUGGAAUAAAUCUUUCUUUUUUUGAAUAAUAAUUAUAAUUUUAUAUAUAUAAAAAUAAUUAUUAUUAUUACUAUAAAAAAAUAUUACAAAAUCAGAUCAUUUCAUAUAGAGACUGUAACUGGCACUAGCAAGUCU